AUGAUGUUGACAGAGGAAAACACCACAACCGUUCAUCAGAAGAAUUGGAUGUUCAAGCGGCUGAUCUCAAGGCAUGUUUCCGACCAGAAAUCUCCCAUUAUCGAAAAUCUGCACUGUGAUUCCUGGGUCUGUUUGCGCAUCAGUCCUUGCAAUUUUCGUUGCGCCAUGAGGUUCUGCUGUGCUACCGCCGCAUGUAACACAGUUUCACGGAAUCUUGGAAACUCAUCCACAGCAAAGUCUCAUCCUCGGAUCAAGACCGGACUCGGGGUCCCUCGGAAGCUCAUUUCACUUCAAUGAUUCAGUAGACGCCGACAAAGCGCGGCUUUCCGCGCGUCAAAAUCAUCGUGCUCCCAAAGACAACCCUUCCCCCUGGUAACAAGCGCACGUGCCAUCCUCCCCAGCUGAAAACGGCGAUUGGUCAAGAGGUCACGCCCUGUUUCCCCACCCAUCGAAACGCCCAGAAUCUCGAUUGCUCUCUUUUCUGCACAGCCUCGCCCAGGGCCCUUAAACGGCGAGCCACUCACAGCGCUGCAAAGAAGAGGAGGCAGCCUUCUCCCAGUUGCUGACCACCAAAAGCGCAAUUCACCUUCCACCGCCAACCGCUCGUCAACUUUUUUCUGCAAACCUACCUACGAACCCCGUCAGCGGUCCGCCGUCCAACUUGAUUCACCACUCUCCGCUUUCGCAGCACAACCCAUACUCGCUGGUUGCGGAUCGAUCCCCCCUCUCCCUUCCGAGAACCGACGUCAUCUUCUUGGACACUUUUUCACUUCUUAUUAAACAUUCAACAUGGCCCGCGGCAACCAGCGCGACAAGGCCCGCGAGGCCGCUCAGAAGAAGGCGGCUGCCCAGAAGAAGGGCCACAACAUGUCCGGCAGCGAGCUGGCAAAAGCCAAGGAGAUCGCGGCUCAGAAGAUGCGCGAGAAGCAGGCUGCCGCCGACGCAAAGAAGGCCGCCGAAGCCGCCGCCGGAAAGAAAUAAUAUCCUAAUCCAUAAUUCCGAAAUCAACAAACAAACAAAACAGUUUAUCAACACGAGCAAUACCCAGGAUACCCCACCAAAAUCCUUUUGAACAACAACCCGCGCCGAACCACAGUCGACGAGAUACCCCAAUCAUCAGGAUAUAUACACGGCCCCUUGGUUCGUCUCGUUUUGUAUUCGAUAACUACCCAAAAACACAACCCUCUUUUCCACCAACGGAGAAAGGGUACGAAACCUUUUAUGUCAAACUGGAGUAGAAAAGGGGAAGCAUGGCAGGGGAUUGCGAGCAUUUAUCUGGAGCAGGCAAGGCAAAGGGCGAGGGAAUGAUUUGUUUUCAGUGUGAUUUUUUUUGGAGGCGCUAGGAAUUUUUGAGACAAGAUUUUCCCAUAA